AUGAAAUUUAAAAAUCUCAUUCGACAUGGUUGGCCGUUCAGGAAAUUUUGUACCGCUUCGGCCUCAAUAUUGGCAUCGAUGGAAUUUCCCAUUGAAAGAAUCCGAAAUUUUUGCAUUAUCGCGCAUGUUGACCAUGGAAAAUCUACGCUUGCCGACAGACUAUUAGAGAUUUGUAACGGAGAGACAAACCAAUAUGGCCUCUCAACUCCCUCUUUGGAUACACUGCUAGUUGAAAAGCAACGUGGGAUUACCGUUAAAGCCCAGACUGCUUCAUUUAUAUAUCGUUCGUCCGGUGAAAACGACGUGCCAUAUCUUCUUAAUCUUAUUGACACCCCUGGACAUAUUGAUUUCUCAUAUGAAGUUUCUCGUGCCAUAGCAGCCUGCCAAGGAGCAUUGCUCCUUGUUGAUGCAUCGCAGGGCGUACAGGCGCAGACGGUUGCCAAUUUCUGGCUGGCUUUCAGCCAGGGCCUUUGUGUUAUUCCAAUUGCUAAUAAGACCGAUUUGCCAACAGCUAAUCUGGCGUCUAUUGGUGACCAGAUUGAGGCGAAUUUUGAAAUUCCUCGGAACUCCAUCAUCCCCCUUUCAGCAAAGACAGGGGAAAAUGUGAUAACUUAUGCACCGCUAAGAGCACUUCUUUUUGAUUCAAAAUAUGACUCUUAUAAGGGCGUUGUUUGUCAUAUAUUUGUUGUCGAUGGUAAGUAUCGAGCCUUUGCUAACAGCCCAGGCGAACAGAUUCAAUUUUCUUCCAAUGGAAAGAAAUUCGAAGUGUUGGAGCUUGGAUUUAUAACCCCUCAACUUGUCUCAGGAAAGAAGUUGAGUACCGGUCAAGUCGGAUAUGUAUGUCUAGGAAUAAAGGACCCCCGCGAGAUAUGCUUCAUUGGAGAUACCAUUUUCCAUCCCCAUUCUGCAAAGCUAAUCACGCCCUUGCCGGGGUUUCAAAAGGCCAAGAGCAAGGUUUUCGCUGGACUAUAUCCACAGGAGCCGUCCGAAUAUAAUAUGCUUAAAGAUUCGAUCGAAAAGCUGCUUUUGAAUGAUUCUAGCAUAUCGAUUUGCUGCGAUGCAAGUGACGCUCUUGGAAGAGGAUGGAGACUUGGGUUUUUAGGAUCCCUGCAUAUGGAUGUAUUCCAGCAGCGACUACUGCAGGAAUUUGGGGCCGAAGUAAUUUUUACUUCGCCCACCGUGCUAUAUAAGAUAAAUUACAAAGGCUCCAGGGGGACUCAAUAUAUAUCUUCGACCUCUGAAUUUCCCGGAAUCGAGGAAUCUCCCGAUAUUUUGAGCAUCGAGGAGCCGAUGGUUCGUCUUACAUUAAUUGUACAACAAGAGGCAAUUGGGCCUAUUCUUUCCCUGUUGCUGGGGCGUCGAGGUGUCCACCAACAAAUGUCCAUGGUCGAUUCGAACAGAACGCUGAUCGGCUUUCGAUUGCCAUUAGCAGAAAUAAUAGUUGAUUUCUUCGACACUGUGCAAAGUAUCUCGUCCGGUUUUGUUACCUUUGAUUAUGAGGAGGAUGGAUAUGAAGAAAGCGACCUGGUCAAGAUUAGCUGUCUUGUGAACAGAAAAGUUGUCCCUGACCUUUCUUUGAUAUGCCACCGAUCGAAAAUACAAGGGAUCGGAAAAACUUUGAUUUCAACACUAAAGGAACUGAUUCCAAGGCAGCAAUUCGAAGUGGCCCUACAAGCAGCUGUAGGGGGGCACGUGAUAUCAAGAGAUAAUGUCAAGGCAUAUAGAAAGGAUGUGACCGCCAAAUUGUAUGGCGGAGAUCCAACUCGUCGGAUGAAGCUUUUGGAACACCAAAAAGAGGGAAAGAAAAAACUCAAGAUGAUUGGCGAUGUGGAGGUGCCACAGGAGGCAUUUCUCGCCAUCAACCAGCACAAGAAAAAAUCACGCUACUUUUCGCAGUGUUGGCCUUUGGAAGAGAUUAAAAAUGCUUACAACAAGCAUCCCAUAAACGGUAGAAAUAAAAACGGGGACGUUGAAGGGCAUCGCAAAGUCUGGAACUGGCAAUUGCAAAAUUAG